AUCGAAAGGAAAAUUACUCGAUACACAAAGUAUCGAUACUUUUUUCGUGUCUCUACUUAUUCAGUGCACUCUCUAACUAGUCUGUGAUUCAGUGGCAUAGAUGUCAAAAUUUGUCAAAGCCGUAUAUAAUCUUAAAGGUUUUUUUUUGUGGAAACUUAUUACUGUUACAACAUAAAACUAAGUUCUAAAGAAGAUAAUAUAUCCAGGCUGUAAAUUGAAAAUGCAUUUGAAGCCCUAGAUUACAGAUUUCUACUUUCGUUUCGCGAUCAACAUGGCGAGUACUAUUAUUUUGGCUGGUUUAGGUAUGGCAGCCGUGGGAUUCGCUGGCCGAUACGUUUUAAGACAAAUGCCUAACGCUUCAAUGAAAUUUGCAGAAGCUGUAAAGAAUUUACCUAAAUUUGAUAGUGAAACUUUGGCGAAUUCAAAAUAUUAUAAAGGUGGUUUUGAAUCUAAAAUGACUAAAAGAGAGGCAGCUUUAAUUUUAGGUGUAAGCCCCACAGCUUCUAAAGCAAAGGUCCGAGAGGCACACAGAAGGAUAAUGUUAUUAAAUCAUCCAGACAGAGGGGGCUCGCCAUUAAUUGCAGCUAAAAUUAAUGAAGCAAAGGAUAUGCUAGAAAGUGGUAAAUCUUAAAAAUAUUUCCGAAUUAUCAUAAUCACUAUGGAAAGAAUCAAAUGAUAGUAUGAUGGAAUCUUAAAAAGGUCAAGCAAUCAUUAUUUGUGUAUAUAAUAGAAUAAAAUAGUAUCACCUAAAAAUAUUUUUUAAUAUUUUAACAUUGUAAACAGUUAAAUAUUACAAGUAUACUCCCAGGUAGAUUUCUUAAGCUUACCAUAUGGACAACAGAGCCUGCACAGAAGCAAUUUGAUUUAUAAAAAGUUUACUGUCUAUGUUUAUUUGUCUGUGGUUUAGAUCAAGAAGUUUGCCGCAACCUACACUACACAAAAUACAUUAUGCUCUGAAUAUUAUUAUAAUUUAAUAAAUCCAAGUAACUGAACUAUUGCUUAAAAAAAACUUUUUUUUUUUUUCAUUAUUAUAGGCCACUGACUGACUUAGUUGUGUUGGCUGUGGUUGCUACUACAGCUACUGUAUUACUAAGGUAUUGAUAAAUAAGUUUCUGAGUGGCACACACUUAUGUAUAAGGAUAGAAAAUGAAUCCAACAUAAAAGCAGUGUAUAUCAAUUUUACUAUAAACAUACAUUAACAAAGCAAUGCCUAAAGCUAAUCAUAGACCUUAUACACAUUGACAAAAUGGUGGAAUUACAAUAAAUAGCUAAUAAUUUAUCUAGAAAAAAACAUUUUAAUUGAGCAAUGAAUUUAACUUGUUUAUUUUAUUACACAAUAUGCCAACUUUAUUGUCAAUAGUAUAUUAUUGUAAAGUUCCUUCCAGAUGGAACAGGGUUAUAUCGCAUUUAACAAAAGAAAAGAUUGGAAAUAUUUGGUGAAGCUAAUAACAUAAUUAUGCCAACUUAAUUGAAUAAGAAAUGGUGUCAAUAUCUUUGUGCAUAAACACUUGAUUGAAAUUAUAGCAAAGUAGAGAUACAUAGAUUUCUCAUUUGGUGGUUAUCUUUCUUAUUUUAGUCGGAGUCAUGUUUUCUGACAACUCACUGAAAUCCUUCUGAAUAUAUUUAUGUAUAUGCAAGAUCCUGGAAUAAAUCGGUGGGUACUAUUAUUACUGUACAACAUUUUUUAAAGUAAUUAAAAAAAACAUUGAUCAUCACAUAGUGCAAAUACUGCAUACAAUAUUGUGUUCGCUCUUGUAGUUGUAAGGGACUACAAUAUAUAAUUUGUAAAACUGUCAAAAAAAUAGGUUCCUAAUUUACUUUGUUCAUUAUAGUGUAGAUCAAACACCUACAUAUACUUUUGUGUUAUAACUUAUGAGCUGUGUUUCUUCCACAUGACAACUCCUGCUUUUGAGAACAUUACCUUGUUACCAUUACCACACUCUAAUGGCGUGAUUACACUUGGUUGUUAGCCCUUGUUACAUGAAAUACAUUACUCGAAUAUGGGCACCUGAAGCAAUGUUUACAUUGGAAUAAGGGCUGAAUUAUGGUGUCCAUUGACCAAAACGGAAUACGGGCAUACUCUACUCCCUUUAUUUACACUUAAUUGUUUACCUAGAUUUCAUUGGUACUCAUAUUCGGUGACGACCAAGACCAAGUCAAUGACCAAGUGCCAUGAAAGCCAGUGCAGUGUAGAUAGUUGUUAUUAUUGAUGAUUACUCUUGUGGCAAUCAAUAAAUUAAUUUCAUACACGGCCAUACUGUUUGUAUUGAACAAUUGGCCAAUACUUUAAUUGAAUACAGUGCACACACUAUCUUCAUGCACAGUAUGCAAGUGACUGAUAGAAUAGGUAGUUUUUAAUUGUCAUAGCAGGCCAUAUUGAGUGAUAAUAUUGGCUAUGAUAUAAAUAUUGCAGCCUGUUUUGGAUGAUGUUGUUAAGUAUGUACAAUACAAGCAAAAUCUUACAAAGAUAUUAAAUAACACUUAAAAGAUACUCUAUAUUACACAUUCAAGAGACAUUUAUUAAAUUAAUAAAUGUCAAUCUGAAUUGCUAUUGUGCAGGAAGCGACAGCACCGAAGUUAAUCAAACUUAAAAUUAAUUGUCUGUGGUGCAGCCACAUUAAUAAAAAAAAGUUGUCAUGAGUUUUUCAAAAUGUUAAAUUGAAUUUAUUGUAAAUUGGGAGAGUAGUCAUGAAAUCAUAAUUUUUGGCAUUUAUCACAUUUCAAGCAAGUUUUAUUGCAUUUUACUGAAGCUUAUUGAAAAAACAAUUAUCACAAAAAUAAUGUCAUAAAUAAAUACAUUAAUGACUGCACUUAGGAUGUUAAUUAUUUGACUAAAGUUCAAGAUUUUAGGCUUCUUGCUGUUGUAAUGGCUUUUUUUUAUUGGAUACUAGGAUGGUGAAAUAUACUUGUCCUUUUUAUUAUAAUGUGUUGCUAGACAAAGACAAGCAUCAUACUAGCCAAAACAAUGUUUGUGUUUAUAUGUGUAUCAUUACUAAGCAAAACAUUUAAUUGAUUUCUGAGUGUGGUCAUACAAGUUGUAUACUAAUUCAUUUAUCAAAAAUGUGUAUAAAUUUUGAUCUUCAUUCCCUGUUUUAGAAGAAAACUAGUUUGUUUAUUAUGCAACAGAGGAGUUUUCCAGACAAGUGUUGAAGUCUGGUAGCUGUUAUUGGUGAAUGAGAUCAAAUUUUUCAUAUUAUAAAGUUGCUUCAUCGUGGUUCCUUUUGUUGUUGUUCUUGGCGCUGUUUUGCAAAUCUUGCUCUUAAUUUGGCAAUAGUAGAGUUUGACAGUGUUCCAGGUACUUUAAAAAUUGACUGAAAAAGAAAUAAUACUUAGUUAAAUUAUCUUUUAUCACAUCUGUUCAAAAAGACUAGUUUGUUCUUUGUUUACAGGGACCAAAAUAGCAUUUUAAUCCCUAGGGUCUAAAAGUAAUUUGAAUUAGGAAUGUGGAUAUUGUCAGUAAAACCUCCAAUCGCCCAAGAGAAUGAACAAGUAACAGGCUGUAUAAAAACUAUUCAGCUACUAAAUAAUAGAGGUGAUCAAAAGUAGUGUUCACCUUGGAAGCAACGCUAUUUUAAAGCUUGAGUGAUGUACUCUGAAACCCUCUCUGUGCUCAGUUUCUGGAUUCAGAAAACAGUCUUGCUUUUAAAAUAGUUUGGUGCUCCCUUAGUAAACAAUCUACUAUUAACAACUGUUAUUAUUAAAAGUACUAAGGCCAUUGUCAGACAUGACUUCAGUGGAGUUAGAGGUUAAUUGCCUAAUUGACUUUGAUUAUUAUGAUUUAAGAAAGUGUGACAAGUCAAAGUACAACGGAUAUCACGAUAAGCCAUAUUUGAAUAAAAUAGAAAUAAUUUUAACUGGGUACACUGUUUUCAAUGCACAUUAAACAAAGAUAACUGUAUUAGUAGAUUAUUUAACGGAAAUUUAUAAAAAGGUGGCUAUAUUUUAUAGAAAUAGUAAAUAAAAUAUAUAAUAUCACUAAGGGAUUAUAUUACCAGUAGAGAUAGUUAUAUUAAGUUUAUUAUGUACCUGCAUAAAUUCAUGGCAAUGUAAUGCACUGGCAUUUUUAACAAUUACUUUGAAGCACUCUGCUAGUGAUGUAAAAUCAUUACAUGCCAUUAUUGCGCUUCUGUUACUUUUUAUCAGAGUAAUGCACACUCUGAACAAUAUCUUUGAUCCUUCAUAGAAUAAACAGUCCCAUAUCCUCAGUACUGUUUCAAUAGGUAAGACUUCAGCAAAUAAACACACAAACCAUUUUGUAGUGAUGACAGCCCAUGGCAAACCUAAGUUUAUCACAUGUUGGUGAACAUCAGGUACUUUAGAUUUGACUAGUUCUGAUAACACUUCAAUAUCCACUAUCAACCCAUCCAUUGUUCUUGUGUAGUAAUCAGGUAGAAUUUUUUCCACUAAUACUUUAAGAAGCCAAAAGGAAAUUUCUUCACUCUUCGUAGCUAAUAAUAAUAGUCCAGCAAUAUAAUUUAAACCCUGACAGUACCCAACCACUCUAUUACUAUGUGAAUAUGCUAUGAGUAUGUUGAAAAGGUGAGUCUGAUGAUUAGCUUCCUUGGCAAAGAAUAUGUUAUCCGGAAAUGUCCUAGGCAAAUCUGUUUUGACAAGGUCUACAAGCUCUUUCUCAAAUGGGCUGUCCAAUAUCUUUUGAUAUAAGUCUGGUUGCUGUUGUUUCAUCAUAUCGGCUACUGAUAUUGCCAUCCAAACUGAUGGGCGAUGUUCACUAGGGAUUCCUUUACGCACGUAACGUUUCACAGUGGUAGUUCUUUUGACCGACUUUCCUUCUCCGAGGAGUGUUGCCCAUUUCUGAGCUCUUGUUGCGAGUACUUUUAAAUACACCGACAUGAAAUCCUCGUAACUAUGAUAGUCAAAAUCAUCGUGUCGUUCGAAUCCAUACUCAUCAACAGAGCUGAACUGAGAUUGUGCCAUUUUUAUCAAAAUAAUGAUUGCCCUAGUUCUUUGAAGUGUGCAUAAUAUCAGAAUAUUCCAAUUUAUGAUUUUACUAGCCCCUAUUAAUUUUAGUACGCCCCCAAAACAAAUUGUCAACCCCACCACAUAGACAUGUUUAUUUUU